AUGAAAAUUAUUUGGAGAGACCUCACCCAGAGAAUAAUUUUCAUUUCGCUUACCGGAUUUGGAGUUUUGGGGAAUAUCAUCUUAUUUGUGAGACAUGUAUAUACUUUCAACAUGGGUAUUGAGAACAAAAAUAUAGAUGUCAUUCUCAUCCACUUGGCUUUUGUAAACGCAAUCAUUAUUUAUUGCAUAGGGGUCAGAACCAAAGGCACAAUUUUUUAUAUCAUAAACUUCCUAGGUGAUGUUGGCUGUAAAACUACAUUUUAUCUAGAAAGGGUUGCCCAUGGCUUCUCCAUCUGCACCACCUGUCUCCUCAGUGUGGUCCAGGCUGUCACCAUCAGUCCUAGGAACAGCCUUUGGAGAAAGCUCAAACCACAGACUGUAUGGCAUGUUCUUGCCUUUCUCCUUCUCUUUUGGAUCUUUAAUUCCCUGAUAAGCUUCAACUUGCUUCACUACAUCACAGAAGGCAGUAGCAUAAACAGGUCUGUAGUUGGGAUGCAUUCUGAGUAUUGCUAUAUGCUGCCAUCCUUGCACACAGGUAAAUGGCUUUUCCUCUCCCUAAUGGCUUUUUGUGAUGUCACUUUUCAGGGUCUCAUGGGCUGGAGCAGUGGGUCUAUGGCUCUCCGUCUGUAUAAAUAUCACAUACAUGUUCUUUACCUUCACAGCUCCAGGCCUGCAAAUAAUUCCAGGCCAGAAAUCAGAGCUACAAAAAGUGUUCUCAUUCUCAUGACCUGUUUUCUUUUCUUUUAUUGGACAGAUUUUAUUUUCUCCUUCUACACGGGUUCCACGGUGACAAAUGAUUUCACAAUACUAAAUAUUAAAGUAUUUUUAGUACCUAGUUAUGCUGGUUUCAUCCCCUUUGUUCUGAUCUUCAGGGAUGUCCUUGUUGCUAAAUCCUACUGUGUCCACGAGAAAUAA